UCCAUCCAGACGCAGCGCGCAGCCCAUCAAACUGAUCUGAAGAUCGAAAAUAGGAGGGCUUAUAGUAAUCAGCCCUUCAGACUCUCAUGACAAGGAAAAGUGUGGCAACGUUGUGGGAGCGCUCGGCACACACAGCAGGACUGGCGCUGCGCGCUCAGCGCAUAACCAACCAGAUAGCGCGCAGAGAGAAAGAGAGAGACGAGGACGGUAGCAGCAUCCCGUGACGGAUGCAUUUUUUUUUUAGCUAAAAUUGAGCCUUGUGGAGACUGACAACAGCAAUAGACAGAAAGAAGCCGGACGGGAAAUAAAACCCUUUCUUUUUGGAGGGAUUUGAACACAGUGCCGUUGCGCUCUCGUCUCCUCCGGAUGCUCAGAAAUGGGGGAAUGGACUAUACUAGAGAGGCUCCUGGAGGCUGCUGUCCAGCAGCACUCUACUAUGAUUGGAAGGAUCCUACUAACAGUGGUGGUCAUCUUCCGGAUUCUAAUCGUAGCGAUAGUUGGAGAGACUGUCUAUGAUGACGAGCAGACCAUGUUUGUUUGUAACACCUUGCAACCGGGUUGCAACCAGGCAUGCUACGACAAGGCAUUCCCCAUUUCACACAUUAGAUAUUGGGUUUUUCAAAUCAUCAUGGUGUGCACUCCGAGCCUUUGUUUUAUCACAUACUCGGUGCAUCAGUCGGCCAAGCAGAAGGAGCGGCGCUACUCAACAGUCUAUCUGACACUAGAUAAGGAUCAAGAUUCGCUGAAACGAGACGAGAGCAAAAAGAUAAAGAACACCAUUGUUAAUGGAGUACUUCAGAACACAGAGAACUCCACCAAAGAAGCCGAGCCAGACUGUUUAGAAGUCAAAGAGAUCCCCAAUUCGGCCAUGAGAACUACAAAGUCCAAAAUGAGGAGGCAAGAGGGCAUCUCCAGGUUUUACAUCAUCCAGGUGGUUUUCAGAAACGCGCUGGAAAUAGGCUUUUUGGUGGGUCAGUAUUUCUUGUAUGGAUUCAACGUCCCCUCGGUGUAUGAAUGUGAUCGCUACCCCUGCAUAAAAGAUGUCGAGUGCUACGUCUCCAGACCCACGGAGAAGACGGUGUUCCUGGUCUUCAUGUUCGCUGUCAGUGGGUUUUGUGUGGUGUUGAACCUGGCAGAACUCAAUCACUUGGGCUGGCGGAAAAUCAAAACGGCCGUGCGAGGCGUGCAGGCUCGGCGAAAGUCCAUUUAUGAAAUCAGAAAUAAGGACUUGCCAAGGAUGAGUGUGCCUAAUUUUGGCCGCACUCAAUCCAGUGACUCAGCUUAUGUGUAACACACGUGGAAAAAAACAUGUAAAAAACAAAAAACAAAAACCAUGAUGGACAUGAUGGACAGCUGUGCACGCCGAAUUCGUGUCAUGACUUAAAGAGUGGGCAAUUUUUUUUUAAUUUGUUGGUCUUUGACAGACUUCAUGGCAAGCGUGGAUUACACGUUUGUUUACUUAUUUAUUCUUGCACUGAUGCAACUUUUUAGUAACGUUUAUACUCUGUAGGAUGGUAAACGGAGACCAUGUUAACGUGUUCACAUAUUUACUCUGGGGCUGUUCUGCUGUACUUGAAGAGAGUAAAUGCAAAAAUAAUUGCACUAAGAGGUGAACACUUGAGAGCCUGACCUUAUCCAAAUGUGCUACUGACCUGACGGUGUUUUUAAGACAUUUUCUUUCCACCUGUUUUGUUUUUGGCACCAACCUAAUUAAAUGGCACCAUACAAAGGAAAAAAAAAUCAACCACCCAGAUUUAUAUAUAAAUAUAGAUAUAUAAAUCCUUACUGACUAUGGUUCAGCGUAGAUAAAACACAUCAGCUUACUUCAUGUUUUUUUGUUGCCUGUGUUGCACCACUGACCUUAACACAUGUAUCCAUUCCACUGCUUAAUAGCUAACUUGCAAAACAGUAUCUGGUGAAUUUGCUGCAAAACGCUAACGUCUGUGAUUUCCUUAAUUUAUGACACACCAAAGCGCCCACUGCUUUUAUUUGUGAAGUGUUUUCUUGCUUUUGUGUAAUCAAGUGCCAUACUUGUAUAUAGACAUAAUAUAUAUAUAUAUAGAUAUGUAUACAUAUGAAUAUAUAAAUAUAUAAUAAUCAUCAUGAAAGCCGAUUCCCUGCUUGGAUUAUGCUAAAUACCGCCUAAUUUCUUAUUUGCUUUAAAUGUAUUUGUUGUGAUUUAAACGAAAAAG